AUGGACAAACAUUAUAAUAGUAACCACAGGAUACUGCUUGUGGGUGAAGGAGACUUCUCUUUCUCUGCUAGUUUGGCUGUGGCUUUUGGUUCUGCCCCCAACAUGAUUGCAACUUCUCUUGAUUCUGUUGAUUUUCUGAAGAAUAAUUAUAAGCAUGCAAUGUCCAACAUCGAGAAGCUUAGGAGUAGAAAGUGCAUUGUGAUGCAUGGGAUUGACGCUACCGAAGUUGCAAUGCAAAAUAUUCGUCCAAGAAUGUACGGAAUUACAAUGUUCAUACUAUAUACAGUGCCAACUAACAAAAAGCAGGAAAGCAUUUGCCUUACUUUUGAGCCUAAUAUUCCAAAUUCCUCUCUAAGUCUUUGGUCAUCGUCUCCAUUCUCCGACAGUUCUCUCUGCAAAUUCAGCGACCGUUUUCAAUCCAUGAUCGAUGCGAUGCGAUGCGAUGCGAUAUGA